AUGACGGACCCCUACAUGCAAGGCUGCGGCGUUACGUACGAAUCAGAUAAGCUUUUCAAGCCUGAGACACCCAAACUCUACGAUUCUAUUGGACAAGACGUCGGUUGCAGGAUAGACCUUCAAGCUGCCAAGGAAGCGGCGUUCUACUGCCCGGCGCCGUACGUACUCGACCCACCUGACUGCUUCAACCAAGUGUUAGUGAAGGGUGAAACAAAGAACGUCACCGAUGUAAGCAAGUCGUUGGGUGCAUCGCACACUAAUCACUUUGUGACACUGAAGUUCAACAGCGAACUCGUAGGACCCCGGGAGACUCUGCGCCAGACGACUCCGUUGGAGUGCCGCUGCGUCACCGUUAAGGGUAUCGUCCUGUCUACCAUACAGAUUGAGAACUACUACUCCAAGUAA